UAUACAAAUUUUUAAUAGAGAACAUCUAACUAAUCGCUCUUUGGUUCAAAUGAAAAUUAGUGCACAAGAGGUACGAUGUGUUGCGAUUACCGAUUAAAAAGGAUGUGCUGCGAUUACUGAUUAAAUUGGAGGAAUUUUUGGGACAUACUGAACCGAUUAUGAAGCUGCGAUUUUAACAGAUGGGGAAGGAGAGAAAAAGGUUAAGUCAAACUUUUUUGGGGUAGGAGUUGUGCGCACUUUCUCGUGAAGUGACUAGGGUUGUGGCAAUUCGAGUGUAUGCUGAAGUCGUGGAAGAAGAAAUAUUUUGUCAAUUAGAAUGAAGGGUAAAACCGUGUGAUAGCAAAAGGAAUUUAAAUGGAGAUUCAAGUUUAAAGAAGAUUGGUUACGAUCAAUGAUCAUCAAUGGAGAGAGGACAAGGAACAUAUCACGGUGGAUUAACCUGGUUGGCAAUAGCAUGGAGGAUUAUGCAAUGAGAUCACCUAACCUAGAAACUCCAAGCAAAGACAUAAUCACUCUCCGUGAAUCUUCGGCCAUUGUCUGCGAAUUAUUUGGUUAUGCAGCAAACAGUAUUCUGCACCUUAAUGGUGUUUAUCCUGAAGAAACUUUUGAAAGAGUGAAGAAACAUGAACAUCGAUUGUUCCUUUCUAAGAAUGUGGGUGUUAAGUUAUACUUAUCAGAGUUUAAUGAGAAGAUUUCCGAAUGGCUGGAAUCUGGGAGGUUGCAUAAGAUUGAACUUCUCAUUAUGACUAAGGCCACGAAUGAAGUACUUCAGAGUUGGAACUUUAGUAUAGAGACUCAUGGUGAAAUUGCUGAAAACAUUUUACGGGAGAAGAGUGAUAAAGAAAUCAUGAAUGAGAUUGGAGGUGUUCUGAGACAUAUUUCAGCCACCUUCACAUUCUUGCCUCCCCUUAAUGAACCAUGCAUCUUUCAUGCAGUGGCACAUCUUGAUGAGGGUGUUGCAGUACCAUUCAAAUGGAAAGAGAAUGUUUCUAAAAGCAUAGAAAAUCCUGAUAUGGAGACCUUGCGUGCUUUCAAUACUGAAAUACAUAAGGUUGGCAUUUCGGUUUCUUUCAAGAAGCGAAAAUCGGAUGACCAGAUACAUGAGGUUAUAGAUAUAAUUUGCCGUUGAUCCUUACAUAAACUUGUAUUUUUGUCUUUCAUAUGGCUGAAACAUUGAAAGAUAACUCUCAAAAUUGAAGAAUUUGCUUCAGUAAUACAUUGCUUUUUUGGGAAAAUUUGAACACAA